CUGGCAGGAAGACUUUGGAGGUGUUUUUGUUAUGUUUGUUUUCCCCUUCAACUUUAAAAGAAAGUCCUCUUUUUAAAGUACCGUUGCAAGGGGAAAUUCCGUUCACCUUCUGGGCCCCCCUCGCUGCGGUUCGCAGCCGCUCCCGGGAUGACUUCUGCCACGGGGAGGGGUCCACGGGCGGGGGUGGCAGCGGGCACCGGGAGAGGGGGACAGCUGGGGGGUGCACGGCUCGGUGCCGGCGGGGGGGCCGCGGGCAGGCGCUGCGGUAGGCGUUUCCCGGGGUCUGCUCUGGGCGGGGAGCCGUCGCGGGGGAGGAGGAUGCUGCCGUGCUGGGGCGGUGCGGCUGCAGGGGGCUACCGGCGCGGCUCUUGGAGUCCGGUCGGCCCCAGCGGUGGGUUGAGGGCUCUGCGGGGACGCGGCCGUAGCGGGAUCCUGGGAGAGGACUGCGCCAGGAAGGGGGAACGGCGGGGGCCCCGGUGCCGGAGAGCCCCUGUCUGCAGGGGACCCCCAGCUCUCCUCAACCUUCCAACUUCGACAGGGGAUCACAGCAUCGUGGCGGUUUUAGGUUUAUGAUGGAACUUACAUCUUUGCCUAAAUUUCUUUGGACAAGUGACAACAAACUUCUGCAUAACCACUUUCCGGACACAUUGGCUACUGUUCAUACCACACAAGACAUUCCCAAAGAAGUUGUUUUUGGACCAUGCAUGCUCCAGAACACCCUGCUGGACACUGUAGCUUUUAUUGCUCUCAAGUGUUCUGAUCGGCGGAACAUCCACUAUGUGUUUAAGGUAGAUGUUACAUCUGCGCACAGUCCCUUGGGAUUGCCUUGGAUGAGACUUGUACAAGCAGCUGCCAAUAGCAAGGAGCAGAACCUGGAAGCUUACUUGGAAAACAGUCAGUUAUAUUACCGCUCUACUAGGAAAAUAAAAAAAAAUGAGGAGCUGCUUGUCUGGUAUGAUGAGGAGCUUUCCAGACUCUUGGGUUUCAAUGAGAUAAAAUCCCAGAGUCCCCAGAAUGAGCUGAGAUGCCAAGAGUGUGACCGAGUCUUUAAAUGUGAGCAUUCCUAUCUCUCCCAUGUUCGCUUCCUAUGUGUCCCUGAGAAGAGUGCCCUGCUAUGGAAAAACUUCCAGGACCCUAAGACUGAAAAGAGCAUCUUAGCUGAGCAGACCACAAAUUUCCACAGCCUGGCAAGAGACCUAGAGGUCAAAAUGGCAGCUUGUAAAGAUGAUGCCCAUGGUCUCAUAGGAGAAAAGAGAACAAAAUCUGAAGAGGCUGAGAAUAACAGGAGCAGGAAAACAGUGUUGUUGGAGAAAACCAAUAAUCUGAGUGAGGAACAUAACUGUGGGGGCAAGGAAGAGGUUGGGGGAGAGCAUGCAUUGGCUGGUUCUUUCUGGAAGCUUAAUUCAGGGAGGCAGUCAGCUAGGAAGGAUACUUUAGAGCAGAAGCAGAGCGCUUUCACUGAGGUCAGGAGGAUGAAGGAGAAGCUGAGAAAUGAGAGACUGAAAGAGCGAGAACAGGAGGAUGGCACAGCCCCGCUUGGGAAAGAGCAGGUAUCCAAGGAAGUGUUGCUGAACUCCUCCAGUAGUGCAUUCUCCUUUGUGUGGCCCACCAGAACUGGAGGAGAACAGAAGAGUGCUUUCAGCAAACCCAGUAAGUGUCUUGCAGAAAGAGCUGCAAUAAAUUCUUCUCAUCCCAUGAGUGAGUCAGCAAAGAGCCUGGGGGAGCUGUCUGGCUUGAUUGCCACCACAGACAUCAUGUGCUGCAGCACUCUUCUCAAUUCCAAGUUCUUUGUCAGUGAUUUGUGUAAUGCUCAGAUGCUACAGGCAAGCAUCACUCAGAGCAAUGCUUUCCCAUAUACCUCAGAGCCAUGGCCCAAACGAGCAGGAGGACAGUUACAAAACUCUACAACCACUUCUUCGUCCUCCUCCUCCUCUUCCUUGACUCUUCUUCCUCCCACCUUCACGUCCUUUGGAGUGGCUGCCCAGAACUGGUGUGCCAAAUGCAACCUGUCCUUUCGCAUGACAUCUGAUUUAGUCUUCCACAUGCGAUCACAUCACAAAAAAGAAUACUCCUCAACUGAGUCCCAGUGCAAGAGAAGACGAGAGGAGAAGCUAACAUGUCCCAUUUGUCAUGAGUACUUCCGAGAACGCCAUCAUUUAUCUCGGCACAUGACUUCUCAUAAUUAGAGCUGUGCAGAUAGAUGUCACCAAGGGACUGGGAGGUUGGGUAAAGAAGGGGAACAUGAUUCACUUGUACCCAUUUAUUUUUGAGUUUACAUUAAUUUCUUACAGGAAAUCACUGUUUACAAUAACUUAUAAUAGAUGCUUUUCAAAAAAUAUAAAAUAUUUACAAGAGCCUGAGUGAGUUUUAAGUUUUGAAAACUCAGUCUAGCCCUUCUCAGUCUAUUUUUGAGGAAAUAAAAUAGUGAAAUGAAUGCACAUGCAGUAUUAAUUUGCAAAGAGUUGGGAAGGAAAUUAUUGUUUUGCAAACAGUUUUCUUUGCUUGUAUUUGAUUUGCUGGUGUCUGUGCAGUACAAUGUAAAUACAGAAAUAACAACCAUCUCAUUAAAAGGGGAAUCUUUAAGUAUUAAAAAAGUGAGAGUUCAUACGCUUAAAGAAAAGAGAAUACUGUUUCUAGCAGUUUUGGUGGACUCUUACUCCUUUAUGCAAGAUGAAUCAGCUCUCUUAUCAGAUUUGUGAGUCUGACUAAAAAACUUAUAUCUCAUGUCUCCUUGGCUUUGAAAAAUAUUUAAGUUAAGACUCUAUCUGAAAUUUGUGAUCAUCAAUAGAAGACCAAAAAGGACAUGACUUGUAAAUCAGUAUAUCUGAGUUCUGUUCUAGGUUCUGCCACUUUUGAAAUAUCUUUUACAAAGCCAAGUCAACCUGGAUCUGUAUCAAAAUUUGACCUGUUGUCAAUGUUAUUGUGCAGAUAGGAAGCACAAAUUCUGCCUUCAUGUGUGCUUUCAAGAUCUGUAUGACUUUGGCAGGCAUAUAGAUCUGAUGGGGCACAGUUUAGCCUGUGGCUUUCAGGUUUUAGAUAUACUAAAGGAAGCAACUAGGAUAUUUGAGUUACUAUUAGCUACUGAUAGGGUCUGCACGCUUUAAUUGUGAAAGAUAGGCUCUGUGCUGCUAACAGGUAGAAGAGGAAUGUAUUUCACAAGAUGACACAGGCUUACAUUAAAUGCAUUGCUUUAAACCAGA